GGACGUGCCAAGAGUCUGCCAGUGGUCGAUGAGGCUAGCAAUGAAGUGAAACAGAAAGUGACACUCUUCCGAACGAUAUUCCGCGAGAAGGGCAAUGUAGCUGAAAUUCUGCCCGAAUUCCUCAGCAAGCAUGCCAGCAAGGAAUUGCGAAAGAGUGGUGUUAAUGUUAUGGCCGAGAAGGAAAUCAAACGCAUUACGAUGGGCGAAAAUGGCAAACUGCGUUUGCAACUCGUCACAGGAGAACUUCGAGCGCGAUCAGACGUUUGGGUGGCCGGCGAUGCGAGCAGUUUUUAUGAUAUCAAACUCGGGCGACGACGAGUGGAGCACUGGGAGCAUGCACAGAUCACGGGACGUCUUGCUGGGGAAAACAUGACCGGAGGUCAGUCAUUUUAG